GACAGGUGUGGUGAGAGACAAACAAAAAACAGAGAAGAAGAGAAAAGCGGUGGAGGGAGAAGUGAAGGGCUAGCACUGAAAAAUAUAUUCAGGUGGAAUGAGGAUAAAGCAUAGUUUUGCCAUGCAGUGUUGACUGAGACUAGCAGGAGACAGAACUGAACCAUUUUGUGGAUCCAAGAGAGACCGUUGGACAUUACAAGGAAGAGAGACAGAAACAAAGAUGGCAGAGGCCCCGAAGAUUGAGCUCUUCGUGAAGGCCAGUGUUGAUGCCGAGAGUGUGGGCAACUGUCCCUUCUGUCAGAGACUCUUCAUGAUCCUGUGGCUAAAAGGGGCCAACUUUACCCUCACCACUGUGGACAUGAAGAGGGCACCUGAUGUGCUGAAGGAUUUGGCUCCAGGCUCUCAGCCUCCCUUCCUCAUCUACAACAAAGAGGUCAAAACAGACACUAACAAGAUUGAGGAGUUCCUGGAGGACACCUUAGCACCACCACAGUAUCCAAAAUUGUGCUGUCGAUACAAAGAGUCCAAUGGCGCUGGAGAAGACAUCUUUCGAAAAUUCUCAGCGUAUAUAAAGAAUCCAAAUCCUGCAUUAAAUGACAUGCUAGAGAAGAAAUUUCUUUCAACUCUUGUGAAGCUGAACAUGUACCUAGAGACACCUCUCCCUUAUGAGCUGGACCAGAACCCAAAUAUCACUGAGUCUUCACGCUGCUUCCUGGAUGGUGACACCCUCACCUUGGCAGACUGCAACUUGCUUCCCAAACUCAACAUCGUCAAGGUGGUGUGCAUGGAGUAUCGUGGCUUUGCCAUCCCCGCAGAACUGAAAGGACUGACACGUUACCUGAAAAAUGCCUACAAAAAAGAUGAGUUUCGUUACACCUGCCCAAAUGACUCAGAGAUCCUCAUUGCCUACCAAUCUGUGGCAAAAUACCUGAACAAGUAAAUCAGUAUAAACUCGAAAAAAGAAGAACAGGUGAGAAAUGAACAAUAGAGAAAAGUUGUCAAAAUUCUGAACUAUAUACAUUAUUCUUUAUUUGUGUCAAAAUAAUAUGAGUUUGGAUAAUGAACAUUAUUUGCAAUGGCAUGUUUAAUGAUUAGCUAUCGAGAAAGUUAAACUAAGAAGUAUUGUUGUUUUCAUGAACUGAAUAAAUUGUAAUAUUUUUAAAAUUUGCAACUGCUUCUUUAAAGUUGUAUUUGUAGACACUGUAUAUACUGCAUUGCAUGCUGUGGUUGUAAUGAUGUGGAUUUCUUAUUCAGCCCCUGUAAGAGUGAGAAAAAGCACUGUAAAUCCCAGAGAAUAUUUAUGUUGUGUUUCAUUAGGUGUGCAUGCAUUAUGUCUCAGCAUUUACAUGAUAUUAACUGCAGUUAAGAAAAAAAAGAAGCAGGUGUCUUUCGGGUUAUGUUUAUAGUAUUGUUCACACACACCCCCACCCCCACCCCCAUGUGUCUGUGUGUCAAAAUAAUUUACACAUAAAUGUCAUGAAAAAAUACAUGAAUUUAUGCAAUUAUAU